UAGCCCUGCAUUAUUAUAUGAUGGAGGUGAAUGUCCUUCCUCCUUUCCUCUCCUCAUCUCCUUCUUGUUCGUGAAUAGGUAGACUAUUCAUUUCUAUUCGCUUAUUCACUUCCGUCGCUCUUUUUUUUUGGCCGAUACGUUCAUUCCCUCAGUUGGGCAAGGCCUUUACUCUUAUUGAAGCAGUGCUUUACCUGAAUCAAUUGAUAUUCCGAAUACAUGUUUGUGAGAACUUACCUGGCGUAAGGCUUAGGAUUUGAUAUAUUCUUUGAAAUACCACCCCCAUUUCAAUAUCAUCUUUUGGUAUGAAGUACUUUUCUUCUCUUGUGGUUUUAGCCACCUCUUUUCUUAUGAUGGUAGAUUCACAUACCAUCUUCACCACUCUUUUCGUCAACGAUGUCUCUCAAGGGGAUGGGACGUGCGUUAGGAUGAACAUGAAUCCUCAACAUUGCACUUUCCCGAUAGAAAACUUGGCUAGCGAUGAUAUGGCAUGCGGCGUAAACGGCAGUCAACCCGUUGCUUUCACUUGCCCCGCAUCAACAGGGGGGAAACUGACGUUUGAGUGGCGGGCAUGGGCCGAUCUUGAGCAACCGGGAUCUAUAGAUAUUUCGCACAAGGGACCUUGCGCGGUGUAUGGGAAACAAGUCAAGGACAUGACGAAGGACUCCGCGGCUGGUGCAGGUUGGAUUAAACUCUGGGACGAGGGCUACGAUGACUCGAGCGGCAAAUGGUGCACGGAAAAGCUCAUUGACAACAAUGGCCUGAUGUCCAUUGAUAUCCCCGACUUUCUCACGACUGGAUACUGGCUUAUGCGACCCGAAUUACUGGCUCUUCAUGACGCGGAUAAAGGCGAUCCGCAAUUUUACGUGGGCUGCGCUCAGGUGUUCCUUGAUAAUGGAAACACGGCACCACUUAAUGUGCCUGAUGAGUAUAGCGUUAGCAUUCCCGGCUACGUUAAAGCCGGCGAACCCUCGGUCUCCUUCAAUAUUUACCAACCGAAGUUCCCGUAUCCAAUGCCCGGGCCGAAGGUCUACAAACCCGCCGAGUCGCAAACUACCGCUGCGUCUACCGAAUCCGCAAAGCAGACCGAGGGUAAGGUGCCUUCGGAUUACCUCAUCAAGAAUGCGAAUUGGGUUGGUGUGGAAGUAGCAGACUAUUCAACUGAGGCUGGUUGUUGGGAUGCAUCGUCGGCAUGCUUUGACCAAGCGGGGACUUGCUACAAUACAGCACCGCCGACAGGUAGCGCAAACUGCCACGUGUGGGAGGACAAGUGCGACGGCAUCAGUGCCGCGUGUAGUGCCGGCAACUCUAAAGGUCCGCCGAAUAGAGGUCAAUUGCUUCCAAGUAAGGAUCCGGCCCCACCAUCGGAUAUCCCGGGGGCAGCGAACGCUAGGAAAUUGCGGAAGCAACGUAUUAGAUCAACGGUAUCAGGGGUUUGAUGUGAUGUUAGAAACAGCAUUUAAAAGUUUAGUUGUUU